AUGGUCAUGCAUAAAACCGAGGCAACGAAAAUGAAGCAAUGGCGGCUGGCUGCUGUAGGAUUUAGCCUUGUAGUUUUACUGCUUGUAGCAAAUUUCAGGUAAGCUAUGGAGGGUUAUGUUCAAAAAUUAAAAAUUAGUUUUGAAUACGUAUUCGAGUUUCCCUUGCCGCCGUAGCAUACAGUUCAGGAAAAGGUCCAAACGUGGUAAAGCACAAGAAAAUCAGGGAAAAUCCAUUGUUAUCGAUAAGGUAUCCACCUCAGCUGGUCCAGAAACUAUAAACACAAGUUCUGUGGGUAAGUUCUGUCGGUUGGAUGAUACGAAUUGACAUAUUCGUAGUUUUUUAUUCACUUUACAUUAAACUGUAUUCGCGUGCCAAAAAAUUACUCGAGGAAAUUUUCAAAACAAUAUUUAACUUAGCGGUAGAUGUUGAAGUGAUAAAUGCGAAUGUGGGUCCAGCAAGUUUACUUCGCCAUUUUAAUUCUCAAGCAAACAUGUGCAAACGUUGACGUGUCAACAUUCUAUUCUAUGUACUAACAAAUGAUGUAAAUUUUUUGUUUCCAUGCGUCUGUCAAUCGAUGGUUCAUAGUUACUGUAAUUAUACUAAUAGUUUCAAGUGUGGCAGGAACAUUGAUGUUUGUAGCACAUUUUGAGGUCUUCAGUGAUCUACGGUGUAUACAACUGAACAGACACAUAGCUACAUGGAAUAUAUGUUUUAUAUAAUAAAGAGGCAAAAGUUGAUAUUGUUGAUGCCAUUUAUAAGUCUGUCCUCUGCUAGAUUAUAAGUAAGAACUGAUUUAAAUGCUUUUAUAAUCCAGUUUAAUUUAUUAUGCUUAAUCACAGUAAUAAUUGUGCAUUUCUUAAUGACAGAAUUAGUGACUCACAUUACUCUCCACAAAAACAUAAAUUUCUUUAAGAAUGAUUUGGAACUUGUUUAUUUUUUAUGAGAGCUGAAACAACAUGUUGACAUAUUGUUCUCUCCUUGUUGUGUGCAGAGAAUGCAAAGAUGAUUCCAAAUUCAGACUGUAGGAAGACUGAGGAAACUCAAAGGCUUGCUGAAUGUGUUCAUUGCAGUGAUUAUGAGAAGGUAAAUCUUUUGCAAUGCCCAAGAUCUAUGCCAUCAGUAACCAACAACUUCUCUACAGGACUGUUCAUUGUGGUGAAUAUGCUGAACAUGUGAAUUAAAAUCAUUUGUCUCAUAAUGUAGUCACUUAAGAUGUGGAUCAUAACAUUAUGACAUUGUGACAUUAUGCAUGAUGGGAGUUUUCUUUAGACAAUAAGAUGGAAUGAAUUUGCCUCAACUUAUCAACUGUCUGUUCAGCUAUGAUUGGGUGGAAUUUCACAGCUCUGAUUGGCAAAUUUGGUCAAAAUAUUCCUUUAGAUGGUUCUCAUGUUCAUGGUGGAAUACUUAACUUGUUUCUCUGACCCACUCUUUCGUUGCUAUGUCCUUUACAUUCUUUGCACCCCUCAGGGGAAAGGAAGCAUUUUUUUUUAACAAGAAAACUGAAGAAUUAAUAAGUACUCAAAAGAAAGCUGGCAAGAAGUUUCUAGUCAUUGAUCAUAUCCCAAAAAAACCCUUGAUAAAUCUUUUUAGUCAUUAAUCAUAACCCAAAAUAAAGAGUAAAACAAUCUCUAUAUACAUACCCUUUACCUGUACUUACCUAGGUCAAUGUCUGUACUGUAAGUCAUGGACCAAGUUUUUUCCACUCAGGUUUACAGCCCAAGUAGGAAGCGCAAAAAAAUUUUGUAACUUAACCCUUCAACCUCUAAGAUCUGAUUGCUAAUUCUUCCCUCUUGGUACUGCACAUUACCUUGUCAAUUAGUUAUUAGAAUUUGGUGUUAGAUCAAGAUAAGCUCUGCUCAAUUAUUUUGUUUAUUCUCAUUACCUGUUUGUUGGAGAAUGCAUGGACAUUUAGGGGAGAUGUUACAUGUUAAUCAUUUCUGGGAGUUAAAGGGUUAAGUACAGACCAAGAAAACCAGGUUAGAAAGAUAUUUAUUAUCUCUGGGUCAAGUUGGAAGAUUUCAAUGCAAACAAACUUUUGAUGUUAACAGACCAUACUGUGCGAUAUCAAUUGCUAAAUUUACCAAUCAUGAUAACCUAUGUAACUGAGAGAUUUUAAAAACUAAAACAAAAGUCACAUAUAAUCUUCUUAUCUAGUGGUAGGUAGGAUAAAGCACCUUUUUGAUUAAUCAACUUUAUUAACUGUAACUAACCAUAAUUGUUCUACAGUAUGGUCAGGAAAAAUUAAACAUUGAUAAAUUGCAACAAUUUUAAAACUUUGUGGGCUGUCUCAUAUGCAGCAAAAGGAAGUUUGAUUGUUUUACUCCAAUGACGAAACAGCUUAUAAUAAGCUUCUUCCCAUACCUGACCUUCUCUUCAUCAGGGUGGCUACAAUGUUUAAUAUCAGGAAUAACUUAGCUCCCCAGUAUUAAACUGAGCUUUAUCAUAUUCGUUCUAAGGUGCAUAGAUAUAAUGCUAGGAACAAAGACAGCUUAAGCUUACCCAAAUGCUGCACCUCACUUGCUCAACAGUCCUUCAUACAUCAUGAAGCAGGAGUCAGUAACAAUGUUCCUUCUAAUAUCCAGUCUAGUCCCAGUGUAAGCUUAUGCAAGUUUAAUUUGAAGAAAUAUUUAUUAUCUAAAUUUUUAAAUAGCUAGUUUUAAUCAUUAUGAUGCUUAAGCAAUAUCAUUGUUCUUCUAGUAAUUUGUAUAUAAAACAUAGAAACUUAUUUUUAGUACAACAGAGAGAGAAUGACCUGGAGCCUUACAGUACCAACUUGCAAUAUGGGAAACUUGUAAAAUGUGUCUGUUUGUCUCUUUUCUUUCCACAGAAAAGCAUUAAAGGCUGUCUACAAACUGGGAAUAUACAACUUACAUACUGUGUUACCUCUAAUAUAAAAUUCUAUGGAAGGUGGGUUUGAAACCAUUGAAGAGUAGCAGUUUUUCUGGUGGAAGAACUCAACAAACCAUCUUUUUUUUCUUUAGCUGUAGACAUAUUGCACAAUGGGAGGAAAAAAAAUUCUGGAUGUUUCAGGUAAUGGCUCCAGCAGUAUUUCACAUACACAUCAUAAACACGGUUUUUAGUUGCUUUUCAAUAAAUUUUACAUGGAUAUCUCAAACUCAGUGAUAAGAAUACAGUCACAUUCAUUCAGUGAAAUUAUUUCACUUUCAUUUGGGGCCAGGACUAGAGAUGUUAAUAGUUGCUUACUUUUGGAAACAAUUUUUAUUAUUUUGUAGAUAAUAAUCAAUGAACCUGUGUAAGGUCAUGUUUCACAACUUGUGAAAUUUGAGAAUGUUGGCGUGGGGUAACCAAUUUGCAUUCCACAUAAGCAAAGAGAUUAUGGCAUAGAUAACUAAAUGCUGCUUGCAUUAACAAGUGUACCUAAAAUUCACGUUCCAGUGAUCCAAUUCUUUAGCGAUAAAUUAUGCAAUUUGUUGCAACAUUGAUUCUCUUUAUGUGAAUGUUACUGUUCUGAUCUAUCUGUAGGGCAUUGUGUUUGUCAUGUUAAUAGUUUCAUCGUCUGCGGUAUGGUUAAGACAACGGCAACUGGAUAGCGUGUUUUAUCAGAAGGUUCAGAAACAAGUUGAAAGCGAAACAAUAUAAUUAUGGAUGGAUGCACAGGAAAAUUUGCAAUAAAAUGUGGAGUGGGUCAAUGGAUCGUCCUGUACCUAAUAUUUAUUCAAUUCGGAGGGAAGUACCUGGAGUUGGCCAUUCAGUAGUGAUUAAGGAGGCAGAUACAUUACCCCAAACUGAUGAAAGAAUAGCAGAUGUUGUCCCAAAAUAUAAUUUUUGUCAAGAUUCCAACACAUCAUACAUUUAAUUUGUCUUUUAUUGACAUGCAGAGAGUGUCCAUAACAGAGGCAGAAACUUCAUGGUUUGCAUGUGCUUGUCAUCUCAGAAAGAUGGAGAAUAAUAUCAGUUUUCUGCUUUUUUAGGCUGCAUUAUGGACUUUUGUAAGAGAGAGUGGUUUGGGUUUGACUCAACACACCUCUUGAAAUUCUAUUUCAAAUAUUCUGACUGAUACUCUUUAAACCUACUCUGAUAUAUUUUAUUUAUUAAAAUGAAUAGAGAUGGCUGUCACCUUGAUAUACAUGUACUGUGCAUGUGGCAUGCAUUGUAUUUUAUUUAAGAUGAAUCCACUGAAAUAACUGAAGUGCUAGUGAGAAACAACUCAUUGUUUUGAAAUAAAAAAAAUUGUUAUUAGAAAUGAUAGAAUUGGAAAGAGGAAAAUGGCUUUGUGUAGACUUAAAUAUGGAAAGACCUCUGUAGGUGCCAAUAACUACUUCAGAAAUUUUUCCUUUGGAAUGAUCCAUUGUAUGUCAAGAAAGGAAUUUUCUGUUUAUUGGUACUGAAGCAGGAUUGAUAUCAUGCAUCAGUUCAGAUAAAUUUUUAUAGAACAAAAUGUUUUGAGGUAGAAGUUUAACUGUGUUAAACUGCAGAGUAAUGGUGAGUUCACUUACCUUUGCAAAAUAUAUGGAUGAAGCAGUUCUUGUGUACACUAUAAACUGUACAUUCCCCCCUGCAUGUGCUAUUUGUGACAUGAAAACAUACUGUAUAUCUUUAUUAUCUGUUGCUAUGCAUAGUACCAGUUGUUUCAAAUACACAUACAACUUAGAACUGAUGAAAAUAUUUAGAAAUAUCCACUUUAAUCAGUUCCCUCUGGAAAGUAUGGAAAAGAAAAUAUAAAUAUGAAUGUAGAGUUCUUCUCGACGGUUGCUG